UUUCGACGUUCGUUUUUCCUUUGCGUGGAUUCCAAAACGGUAAAAGGAAAAAGGUUUGCUUUUUCCUUUUCCUGUUCGAAAAUUUUGAAAACUGAGAUGAAUAUGGGAAUCGGUUCGUUUUGGUUUCCUUAUAAAGGAUUGGGAGAGGACUAAGGGGGCAAGGUUCGUUUUCCUUGUUCUUUUUACAUUUUAAAAUGGAAAGGGGGCCGCUCCGCCUUCUUAGAGGCAGCAACCACCGUUGAGAGUGUACACAGCGCCAUCAGGCGUCGUGCUGGUGGUAGUGUGAAGUAAAAAUUGUUUUUGCUGGUGACCAGAAAAUGUACAAAUCGACAAACACCUAGUUUGUGUAAGACUAAGAGCAAUUAAAUGAGAUUUGAUGAGCUGAGUGGAUUUGAUACAGCACGAUAGGUAAAGGCAGGGGUAAAGGUCAGCAAGGUCAGAGUUCAACACAGAUCAACUUAAAUGAUGCCUACUCCUGGGAUGCAACGGUGAAGGAACACAGCAGUAAGACGGACAAGUGGGUGGUGAUUGAGAAUUGGGUUUAUGACGUCUCAAAGUGGGUGACUAGACACCCAGGAGGGUUCAAGGUUUUGUCCCACUAUGCUGGGGAGGAUGCAUCGGUUUCUUGAGAGUCAUUGGUUCGUGUGGGUGACCCAGAUGAACCAUAUACCCAUGGAGGUAGACAAUGAUACUCAUAAAGACUGCCCUCUGCAACUACACGCCACCUGCAACGUCGAACCCUCUGUUUUCAACGAUUGGUUCACCGGACAUCUCAACUUCCAGAUUGAGCACCAUCUGUUCCCGACCAUGCCCAGACACAACUACGCAAAGAUAGCACCCCAUGUCAAGUCCUUGUGUAUUAAACACGGUCUUAGUUACCAGACUAAGACAUUACUCGGAGCCUUUGCUGAUAUUGUGUGGUCUCUCAAGAAUUCUGGUCAGCUUUGGUUUGACGCUUACCACCACACCUAGAUAAGUUUGUGGGAGUAGAAUGUUGCUAAAAACGACUUGUCCGCAAUUAAAAUUGUUUGGGUCUAAUAAUUUUGUGGGUAGGUCUAAAGAAGUAACUGCAAAUCGAAAUUCAGUUUUUAUGCAAAAUAUGCUGAGAAGUUGUUACUGUGUACCCUGGUCACAUUUUUUAAAUAUUAAAUUAAUUAAACAAAUGUUUAUGCCUAAGGUAUGCAGAGAACAUUUUAAGCAAUCGAUCAACUGCAAUUUUCUUAGGUUAGAAAUUAUGUAACAUUUCCGUUCCAUGUGAAAUUUGUCUUUCACACUUAGCGUUGUAAAUAUUAUGAUUUGCCUUUUGAAAUUCUCGAUCCUCAAAUUAUGCAGACAUUAAAUUAUUAUUUUAUUGGAAUUGGGAGAAAUAAGUUAUUCAAUUUACAUUCGCGCGAGCACCAUUAUAUAGUUGGAUUGUUUUUUUCGACUUCAUUCUAGUAGGUUAGUUAGUGCAAUAGAAUAGUGGAAAACACUACACAAAUUUUUGUGUGGCACAAAACGUGUAUAUUAUUUAAUGUUAAUUUGUUUACAUUUGUUUUCUAAAAUUGUUUUUGCCAAAAAAGGUUUUACAAAAAGAGCUUUUAUAUUGAGACUUUACAUCAGUAUCUUAUGAAAUCUAAAUCUGUGUGUAUGACAUAACUUAAAUAAACAUAUUUUGCAGGACCCAAAUGUCACAAAGACAUUGCUUAAACAUAAACGCCAAUUGUAUUUUGUUUGAAGUUGAGUUGGAAGUUAAUUUGGAAAGUUUUGUAAGUUUUUGAUAAUAGUUAAGUGUCGUAAUUAAAAAACUUACAAAAGCUUA